AUGUUUGCUAGAUCAGCGCUAGUCGCUAGAGGAUCUGCUACCUCCCAAGUGGGGAGGAUUCAAUUGAGAUUUUUCUCUCAUUUGCCCAUGAGUAUCCCUAUCAAAUUGCCUAAUGGGCUAGAAUACGAACAACCUACUGGUUUAUUCAUUAAUAAUAGAUUUGUUCCUUCUAAACAAAAGAAGACCUUCGAAGUCAUUAACCCUUCCACUGAAGAAGAAAUCUGUCACGUGUACGAGGGUAGAGAAGAUGAUGUUGCAGAUGCUGUCAAUGCGGCUGAUGUGGCUUUCAAUAACGGCUCUUGGUCUAAUAUUGACCCAUUGCAAAGGGGAAAUGCUUUGUACAAAUUGGCCCAACUAAUAGAGAAGGAUAAAGAUGUGAUUGCAUCGAUCGAGACUUUGGAUAACGGUAAAGCUAUCAGUUCUGCAAAAGGUGAUGUCGAAUUGGUUAUUAACUACUUGAAAUCUGCAGCUGGUUUUGCUGACAAGAUUGAUGGUAGGAUGAUUGACACUGGAAGUACUCAUUUCUCCUAUACCAAGAGAGAACCUUUAGGUGUUUGUGGUCAAAUUAUUCCUUGGAAUUUCCCAUUGUUGAUGUGGGCUUGGAAAAUCGCUCCUGCUUUGGUUACUGGUAACACUGUUGUUCUAAAGACUGCUGAAUCUACUCCUUUGUCUGCAUUGUACGUUUCUAAAUAUAUCCCACAGGCCGGUAUCCCACCCGGUGUCGUUAACAUUGUUUCUGGGUUCGGUAAGAUUGUCGGUGAGGCUAUCAGUACUCACCCUAAGGUUAAAAAAAUUGCAUUCACUGGUUCCACUGCCACUGGUAAGCACAUUUACCAAACUGCUGCUGCUUCCUUGAAGAAAGCUACUUUGGAACUAGGUGGUAAAUCCCCAAACAUUGUUUUUGCCGAUGCUGACGUUAAGCACGCUGUUGAAAAUAUCAUACUAGGUAUCUAUUAUAACUCUGGUGAAGUUUGCUGUGCAGGCUCCAGAGUCUACGUUGAACAAUCUGCUUACGAUGAAUUGAUCAAACAAUUUAAGGUUGCAUCUGAAGCUGUUAAAGUUGGUGAUCCAUUUGAUGAAAACACCUUCCAAGGUGCUCAAACUUCUCAAAACCAGUUGAACAAGAUCUUGAGUUACGUUGAAAUUGGUAAGGAUGAGGGUGCUACUUUGAUCACUGGUGGUGAAAGAAUUGGUGACAAGGGUUACUUUGUUAAGCCUACUGUCUUCGGUGAUGUUAAAGAAGAUAUGAGAAUUGUUAAGGAAGAAAUCUUUGGCCCAGUGGUGACCGUUACCAAAUUUAAGUCUCUAGAUGAAGUUGUCGAGAUGGCUAACGACUCUGAGUACGGUUUGGCUGCUGGUAUUCAUACUUUGAACAUCAACACCGCCUUGAAGGUGGCUGACAGAUUGAAGGCUGGUACUGUCUGGAUCAACACUUACAACGAUUUCCAUCACUCUGUUCCAUUUGGUGGCUUCAACGCUUCUGGUCUUGGCCGUGAAAUGGGUGCUGAAACAUUGGAAAACUAUACCCAAGUUAAAGCCGUUCGUGCCAAAUUGGUUUAA